AUGGCAAUUCCAGUAGUGCUUAUCGUCUUUCUAGCCAUCUCCACCCUUUUCACACCUCCAUGCACAGCUGAUAGUGCACUGUACCCAGGCGACCGUCUUUCGGUGGGCGAAUCAAUUACUACCGGCAACUACGUGUUAAAAAUGGAAGAUGAUUGUGAUCUGGUGCUGUACGACAAUGACGCUAUGAUAUGGCAUAGUGAAACCAGCGGCAAAGGCACUGGUUGCUAUGCUAAACUGUCAACAUAUGGCGAGUUUGUAAUAAAUAACAACACGCAUCAAAGCAUUUGGAUCGGCAGUGCCAAGCAAGCAGAAGAAGCAAGCUGUGUCCUACUCCUACAGCGUGACCGGAAUGUCGUGGUGUACUAUGAUCCUCUUUGGUCUACUAAUACCGAAGUCGGAUUAGUAACCAAGGCACUUGGACGCAACAUGGGAAUAGGGAACAGCGUCAAACCAGGACGCAAGGCACUUGGACGCAACAUGGGAAUAGGGAACAGCGUCAAACCAGGACGCAAGGCACUUGGACGGGCAUUCAUGUUAGUGAACUCUGAAGGAGAAUCGGAGCUGGGAUCUAUGAUUACUGAAGUAGUUAAUGAGUGA